GUGUGUGUUGGUGUGUGCUGAUGAUGCUCCGUAGUGCUUCUGAGAUACAGACCCAAUUCUGUCCUUCCAGCUGCGCACUCUUCUUUCACAAACACAAUUACUUUCCACCGCCCGCCGAGAACAUGCCAAUGCCACCAUCAGCCCCAUCCAAUAUAGACUCCAUUCUUUCUCCAGAACCCUUAAAAAAUUGGGCUGCAUCACCGCCCGUCCCGUCGUCGUCUCCGUCAGGGGCAUUGCUUUAGGGGACCACGUUUGCACUACAGCUUCAGCAAGCCCCCAUGCCUGCGUUUUGGAAUUAGAGGGGCGACACGGCCAGGGCUGGGCGGACGCCGUCUUAAAGGAGUAUUGCGAGGCUCUCUGCAAUUUCUACUGUUGCCUCAGGUAGGCAUUGCCUCUCCACCGUCAAAGAAAAUCGGCCAAACAGCAGGGGGACCUUGUUUGCAUGGGCCUGUCGAUGGUUACAGUAUCAAACGCAGACCGCGACACCGUUGCACACAGCUUGAUUAGAGCUUUCGACUUUCCAGUAGUCGCGCGGCUUGCGCCAGGAAGCGUUCUUUGUGUGCCGAGAUCACAUUGAGGCUGUUUGCCAAAAAAAACAAACCUCUUGGGUCUGCCGUAAUGCCUCGCCUGAUGAAAGGUGGUUGAUUCAGUGCGGUGUGCCGUCAAUUGGUUAUCAAAGCACUACUCCUGCAGACCAUACCAUCUACAGACAUAUUGAGAUGUUGUAUCAUCAGCGCUGACAACCUCAGACUUUAAUAAAUCGGCAGCAGUGAUGGCGAAGCCCAGACGAAUGGCUCGAAAUAAGCCACAUAUACACCGAACAACAUCCUUACCACUCGAUUACCAGAUUCUGAUUGAUGGCAGCCAAUCGCUCGCCCCCUGCUUGACCGGCCGGCGGCAUAUGAGUACCGCGCCUGCGCCAGCGAAAUUGCAAAAUGCAGAUGCGGCAAGCCAGCCAAUCUUGGAUCGGCCAGCCAAUGACGUCGCCGUUGAAAUCACAUAUUAUGUCUUAGGCCGUCAAUUAUAGCGCCGAGUUGGUGCCUCAGCAAUAUGUCGAGUUUGCAGAAGCUGGUAAAUGUUGGCAUAUGCCAGACGGUUUAGCGUCGUCUAGCACAAUACCAGAGCUAAAGUUUCCCCGCUAGCAGCUUAAAACUACUGGAAAACCAAGAUUUCUUUCGAAUCCACCGAUCAACGCGAGGCGAUGUUCGGGUCCGCCCCGCACCUCGGCCCUUUUCAGUUACAGUCAGCGCCGUCGAGCCCAGAAAUCUGCUUUAGACUCUGAGAGUGAGGGUGGCAACAUACUACAGCCUUUCAUGAAGAAACGCUCCUCGCUGGGUGCUGUCUAUGAUAUACGAUGCGCGAUGUGUUUGUCCCAGGCAAGGCAGCUCCGUCUAAUUUCAAUCGGAUAUCUGCUUAGCGUCAAUAAGACAUAGCGCCUCAGAGCAUUCCCGUCAACAUCGUUGAAUCAUCGUGCCACGCGGUGACACAGAUCGGUCCCCAGUGUUCGGAGCAUCUUGAUGUGAACUUGCCUGGCUUCUUAUUCCAAGUUCAUUUUUCAGGGGUCGGCUGGCUUGCCUUGUAUUCUGCUUGGUGCGCCAAUGGCUAACCACGGGCGGCCGAGAGCUCCUUUUUUUCAGGCAAAACCCGCACCACAACCCUUUUGUCCUCUCUCCCCUCCGAAUCCCUCAAGUUGAGUUUUUUUGUAGAGCCGCCACGUUCAGCAUCCUGCAGAAUAAGACCCACCAAAUGAGCAGACAUGACGAAGAUGCAUGCUAGCCAGCGAAGCAACAUAUUGAGUUUCGGUGUCAGCGCUGGAAUGCGACGGUACCAAACCCGAAUCUCCAGACCUUGCAUGCCAUGGCGACAUCUUGUUGGUUGAACAAUAUGCACCCCGCAAGCCCACGGCGUCGCAGUAGUUCGCCCGCUGUUACAGAAGUGGCUGGCUGUUGCUGCAUAAUGUUCGCAUGUAUCUUACUCUAGGUGGGUGGGGAGCAACCUCACAGCUUACUUGCACGUUUCUUCGGUCUUGCUCCCCGACGCGCCUGUGCAAAGCUAGUGGCGUUAGCUUGGAUAGUAGAGGGCGCCAGCGAGGAUUGCUUAUCGCCGCGUGCAGAGAGGCGGUAAAUGUUCUGACAGGAUCUGACAUGUACUUGGUGCUCACCAAUCCCUCACUUCUCAACUUUCAAGCUUCAUCACAGAAGUCCUGACGACCAGACAUUUGUUGCACCUAGAUUAUCGAAGCCCCUGGAGAAGAAUUAAAGUCACUCCCUUGUGGCGCUCUGACAGGCUUAUCUCUCCAAAUCUUGGCUGGCAGUGAGAUCCACUACUCGGCUCAACCGUUGACAAGUCCGAGGAAAAAAAGUCGGCUUCCAUCUCCAAAACAUCAAACUCUACCUCUACGCGAUACUCUCCUUGUGCCAAGACUCGAAUUACCUGCUGGCUUUGCUGCUAAGCUGCCCCGUGGUGCACCUGUCACAGCAGAUCGACUAGGACCAGUGUCAUCGUGCGCAAACUAAUUUGGCCCGCUGCAACAUUCCAACGCAACCAAACGCGGAGGCCGCCACGGAAGCCCUUUCCUGACAGGUUGCCAAAAGUUCAAGGCCUUGUUCAUCAUCGCGCCUUGUCCAUUGUCUCUGCUGUCGUUGUUGUUUUGACCUGAAGCUCUCUUUUGACUCGCAGCCUAAGCGCAAUGACUUCGCCUUCAUCCAACCGCCGGUCAUCUCUCGUCGCUCUCGAGGAUGGCCACUAUCCAUCCAGCUUGCACACCAGAACCGGCACUCUGACCAACCUCAUGCACAGCCGAUCGCACCAGAGCCUUCACAGCCCGCGAAACCUGAGCAGGUCUCGCCGCCACUAUGGCUCUGACGAUGAAGAAUCAGCCAGAGGCCGUCCGCGCAACCCCCGACCUGCCGAUGAUGACGAGAUUGAGGCUCUGUUGAGAGAUGAGACUCGUCUUAGCCAGAUUCUUCACGGCCCCCAGGUUCGCAGCAUAAACCUGCUGGGCAAAAGCAACCCGCGAUACCGUUGGGAGCGAUACUGGAAAUCUGAAGACGAGCUCGCGCACAUGACGCCGGCAAUCCGCGAAUACUACGAGCGAACAAACGAUCUGAUUCAGCAGUACAUGUACAUUGACUGUCUGCUUGACUCCUCGAUUCCCCACGAACUUCUCAACGAAUACUCGGUCGACUUAGAGGCAUCUGCCUUCCGUCCUCUCGACGUGCCUGCUACCAUUACAGAAGAGGUAAACGGUGGCGGCUCUGCCAGCUCUUCUUCGCUUGGUCAAUCCGAUGCGUUUCAGCUUGCAGCUUCAUAUGGCACGAUGAACACCGUUCCAUCGCCUAACCUCGGUCCCGUCAAGAACUCGCUGCCCGCCAAACGCACACCCAAGGACAUCUUCCGCUCGUCCGAGAACCUAGCCUUGCUGGCUCACCAGGAUGAUGAAGACGACAGUGAUCAUGAAAUAAACGUUGCCAGACCUCUUCCUAGCAAGCGCCCCAAUGUGGACCUGGAAGACGGCCCUCGACCUAUUCUGCCUUGGCUCGAAGACGCCGAGGUUGACAGUGAUGACCCCAUUGUCACAUUGGCCAUCUACGUCAACCUCAUCGCCAACGUGGUCCUCUUGGUCGGAAAGAUUGUUGUCAUUAUUUCCGUCCCGUCCAUGUCGGUGCUUGCCUCGCUUGUUGAUGCCAUUCUUGAUUUCCUCAGUACCGCCAUUGUUUGGACAACCACGCGCCUGAUUUCGUCCAGUCACAAAGAUGCCCAUAGCUAUCCCGUCGGCCGAAAAAGACUCGAGCCCAUUGGCGUUCUCGUCUUUUCCAUCAUCAUGAUUACCUGUUUCUGCCAGGUCACUCUGCAGUGUAUCCAGCGCCUCGCCUCCCCUGAUCGUGAAAUCAUUGAGCUUGGUGCUCCCGCCAUCAUCAUUAUGGCCAGCACCGUCUUUAUCAAAGGCGGCUGCUGGAUCUGGUGCCGCUUGGUGAAGAACUCCAGCGUCCGUGCUCUGGCCGAAGACGCAAAGACCGACGUCAUUUUCAACAUUGGCUCUAUCCUGUUUCCCAUCAUUGGUUUCUAUGGUCGUGUCUGGUGGCUCGAUGCCACGGGUGGUCUCCUGCUGUCGCUCGUUGUUAUCUUCACCUGGUCCCAAACCUCUGCUCACCACGUUCGCAACUUGACUGGUUUCUCGGCACAGCCUGACGAGCGAAACUUGCUCCUCUAUCUGACCAUGCGCUUCGCCACAGCUAUUCGCCAGAUUCAGAACUUGCGCGCGUAUCACGCUGGUGACAAGCUCUUUGUGGAGGUCGACAUUGUGCUCUCUGCCAUCACGCCUCUCAAGGACAGCCACGAUCUCAGUGAAGUUCUUACAUAUUUCCUCGAGUCCGUGCCUAUUGUUGACAGAGCCUUCGUCCACGUCGACUAUACCAGUUACAACGCGCCUACGCAUAUUCAAAAGCAGUCAGUUGCAUAGACGGCAACGCCCUACACACGCCGGGUCUCCCUGUACAAUCACCAUAUCGAACAUACUACUCAAUUCAUAACACAUAUAUUUGCAUACAAUAGCGACGGGGGAGAAUGUGUGGCGGGCAAAAUACUUGGAAUUAAAAAGAAAAAUCUCAAUAGUAUUAGAAUUAGCAAAAGUUGAGCUCGUAGUAGCGAGCAUACCACUGGCUGGACUAAGUAGCCGCUCUCUUUUUGUUUAAUACAAAGAAAAUAAGAAAUACAAUCAAAAGAAUGAAAACAGAACUGCAAUCGGUCAAGUACAACUUGUGAGCAGUAUCCCACCCAAGCAUGUUUAGUAAGGGAUGCCGUUGGUGAGCAGCUGGAACUGAUCGUAGACGCCAGUACUGUAGCUAGAGUAGCUCUUCUUGAUGAGGUCCUUGAUAAAAUCAGCCGCCUCACGAUCAUUCUUCUCCAUGACGAAGCGCUGGCGGAAAUGGUUGACACUGUCGGGCUUGAAGCAGGGCAAGCCGCUGUCCAUCAUGAGCAGAACAAUCUGGGCAAGCUUCUCGCAGUACUGUCUGCUAGCAAGGAAGGCCUUGACGCAGAGCUCUUCAAAGGCCUUGAAGCUCUGGUGAGUGGUCGAGCCACCCAUGACGGCCAUCAUCUCGCGGGUGAGCUUGAAGGGAGCACGCUCAAACUUGACGCCACCAGGAGCAAUGUCGAAGCAGAAGCCAAAGUCAAUGUGGAUGAUGUGGCCAGCAUCGUCAAUCAUGAUGUUGCCAUUGUGGCGAUCCUUGAACUGCAGCAGGAAGGAAAUGAUGGAGUAGGCAGCCAUGGACUUGACAAAGUUGAUACGGGCCUGCUGGAAGCGCAGCGAGUCCUCGUUGCCGUACUUGGAGAUGAAGUAGUCGUAGAGUCCGUUGACAGCCUCACGGCCAACCAUGUCUCGAGAGAUGGAGUUGGGAAGCACGUCGAUAACACCACAUCCGGGACCGCUGGCUGUCACGCGGUACGGGAACACCCAAACAUCCAGGCCCACGUUUUGGAAGAUGCCCCGGAAGGCCGAGAUCAUCUGUAAAGCCAGCACAUCCUGUCGGCAGUCGUCGCCGACCUUGAAGAUGGCAGACUGCCAUGUUUCAAUGGUGGCGGGAGACUUGUCGUCAUCGUCGCUGUCCUGUCUCCUGGUAGGGUCGUCGAGCUCGUCGGAAUCACCAGAGUUGAGCGUCUUUUGGAUGCGGAACGUGGCCAUGUAGGGGGCCUUGGCGUGACUCUGGAGCGGCUUGCCAGACUUGCGGUCAAUGCCGAUGACGACACCGUCAGGGUUACUGGGCAAGUAGACGCCGACCUCGAGCUUAAUGUUGCGCAGCUCCUCCUCAAUCUUCUGCUUCUUCUCGGGCUUGGGGCGCUUGAUGAGCGGCUUGAGCUUACCGGAGAUACCGGUGACCUCGUCAAAGAAGGAGAAUUCGCGCUCGUAGAAUUCGCGAUCGGCAGGGACAAAGCUGUUGACCAUCUUCUCCAUGACGCCGUCGAGCUUGGGCUUGAUGUCGUCGGGGACCUGCGCGUCGUCGUCCUUGUAAGAGUUGGCCUUCAUGUUCCAGAUGAUCUGGUGGGCAAAGAGCUGCGAGAACUGCGCGGUCUCGAGGAUAAAUCUCUCUACGUAGCCGAGGGAGUCGUAGCGCAGCGCCUGGACAAUCUGCGGUACGUAGAAGAACGUGACGUCGGUCGAAUGGCUUUCCAGCGAGCGCAUGGCAUACUGCAUAAUGAAAGGAUGCUCUUUGUACGCAGGCAUGAAGAGGGUGACAGCAGUGAUGGGGUUGAGAGGCUCCCAGUACAGCAGAUACUUAAGCUGCGAGCUGACAUCGCUGGGAAGGUGACCGCCAAAGAUUAGAGGGAUGGCGUCCGCUUCGUUGAUUGCGCGAUCAGGCAUGCCGAGAACCAGUUGCCUGACAUCGCUGUGCAAGCGAGGGUACUGGAAUCUAGUGGCGAGUUCAAUGGCGAUGGCAGGGUGCUGGAACCAAGCCGUGCGCACCAACGGAAGCAAAGCAGACUCCGGGAUGGACUUGGGGUGGAUGGGCUGCAAGUGGCUGCCGUGUCCUUGCUUGCCGAGAGGGUUGAGCCAAACAGUGAGUCUGGUCUGCUCACUCUCCAAGAGAAUCUGCAGAAGCUGUUCCUUUGUGUGAAGAGACUUGACGCUGCCCACAGUGUGGGCACCGAUGAAUGAGACGGCCUUCAUGCCUGCAAGAACAUCGUUUAGCAGACGAACCUCAGUCUUGAGUUGGAGCUGGCUGCCUCCAAACGACCAUCGCGGUGAGUGGCGGAACCAGCUGAGACCAGCAGACAAGAUCUUGUCCUUGAGGCGCCACUGAGCAGUGGCUCCAAUGGCAGUGCUGGAGCGGAGGAGCUUGAGACCAAAGAGUACAAUGGAGAAGCGAACCUCACGAGCCAUUGGGUGAGGGGUGCAGUCCUUGAGGGCGUCCAGAGUAAGGUCCAUCAUGCGCAAGAAGACGCGCUGGAUGUUAGGGCUGGACAGGCGCGUGGCAUUGAAAUGGCUGACGAAGAACUGCAAGAGACGGGUAUGGGGCGAUAGGAGAUCGUGCACUUGCUGCCUCUUCUUGGCCAUCUGCUCAAGCUCGCUAGGUGCGAACUUCUCCUUCAGCAAGAAAGGAUCCGGGUGCGUCAACGCAGGGCUGAAAAGGCCAACCUUGCGGGUAAUCGUAAACUCCCACUGUUGUGCGAUACCAUUGAGGAGCUUAGGCUCAAGCAGCGGGUUUUCGUUGAUGACACCAAGCCAAAGCGAAGCGCCGAGCUUAAUCGACUGCUUGCUGAAGAUGGAGAACGGAAUGCUGAUGAGGUAGCGUGCAACAGCAGAUUCGUCACGCUCGCUUCGGCAGAGCAGAGCAGCAGCACGACGCAGGAUAUCUCGAACCUCGUCCAAAGAAGUCGUCUUUCUGCUAAGAAUGCGGGCUUCGAGGUAAGCGAGAGCCGUAGCAGCACUAGCGCUCUCCAUAACGGAGUUUUGGCUAAAGGACGGCUUUCUACGCGCGUCCAUAAAGCUCAUAAUCUCCGUGCCGCGGUCAGGCAACGUCUCGCCAUAUCGAUACUCCUGGCGAGUGGUGUACUGAGCGGUAAAAUCCGAGGCGGUGUUGAUGCUGCAGUCACCAAUCUUGUCGAGAGCCUGCAGGCGGUUGUCAGUGGUGGGCACAAAGGAGCCGAGCUCGAGCGCAAAGGAGCGUCCCAUGGAGACAUGACCAUAGGCACCUUCAUCAUCAAACUCGGAAAGGUAGGUUUGAAGCAGGCCCUUGAUGUCCAGAGGGGCCAGGUUAAUGGCAGAGCUGACCCAGACCUUGGCCUUGCGGUUAAAGUUGUCCAGGGUCCAACGGCGGAAUUCGUAGUCAUCAGACAACUUGACAGUCACGUUUCCACGCUCGGAGGUGAAGAUGGAGCGAGGCGAGUAAGAGUCUGUCUCGGCUUCCAGGCAACCAUCCCACAUGAGAGUGAGGAGCUCCAAAAGAGCAAAAAGCGAUGAGCGGUAGCAAAGCGCCGAGGGCACGUCGCGAAGGAUGCGGUCUGCGCAGGUGAAAGCAGCCUGCUGAACACGCUCAAUGCGGUGGCAGCAUAGACAAAAGAUUGCCGCUAGCUGCUUUGCAGCAUACUGCGCAGAGAAGGCAGAGUCGUUACCACUGAGGGUGCGGCGGAGAUACUUGUCCAUGACGCCAGCCGUGACACCAUCCAUGGUGCUCUUCACUUCAGCUCGGCGCAUGCUAGGCUCAAGGAAGUAAGAGAUCACCUUGGUGCAGUCCCCAGAGUCAGCACGCAGGCUCUCAACGAGGUAAGCAGCGUGCAGGAAGAUGACCUUGCGAUAGCUGAGGCUGCGAAUGUCGGAAGCCUUUGUUGGGAUAAGCUCAGAGAGAAGCUUCUUCUGGGCAGACUCGCGCUCGCUGCUGUUUCCUCGUCGCAAAACCGUGUUGAGUUCAAUAUCACUCUCAACUUGUUCGCCACGCUGUUCGGCAACAAGAGGUGGCGAGUGGACGGCAAUCAGUCGAAGGUCAUUGAUGUACUUCUUUCCGCGUUCUGUGGAAGUGCUGAAUCCAUGAACGACAAUAUUGAACCAUGCGUCGCGCAGAACGGAGUACGAUUCGUCAUCACCUAGUGGGUUUGCGUUCAUGUCAUGCUUAGACAUGAGACCUGCGAGAGGAUGGAGCAGCUCGCCAAUCUCAUGAGCAGCUAGUUCGACAUCGGACUCCUUCGCAUGGCCCUGAGAGUAUCCAUCACCCAAGGCAACAAUACUUUCCAGAAGAUGGUCCCAGAAGAUGUCAAAGAAGGGAGAGUCUCGCUUUACGUUGCUGGCAAUGUGUGUUCUGCCCUUCUGGAUAGCGGCAAGUAUAUGCUCCUGCUUGUUAAUCACACCAGUGUGGCAGACUCUGUUGAAUAGCUUGAGCAGGGAUCGGAAUUCCAUCUGUCCACCAUGCAGGGAAAGAUAAGCAGCUCCCCAUAUAACAUGGGCGUCAACGCUACCGUUGACUUUGUCGAAUUUCUGGACCAGCAUAGAUUGGGCAAGGGCGGUGAUCUUUUCGUCUUGGCGAGCUUCCGCAAUACCACAAAUGGCCUUGACAACAUUUCCGUAGACAACAGUAGUGUCUUCGGCGCCAGUCAUCUGGAAAGAAAGGUCACUUCCCACAGACUUGCGAUGAGGGUAGACGGCAUUGGGUCCAUCCUUAGCGCCAUUCAUCUCAUUAGCAAUGGUACCUUCAGUAUCGGGGCUCAAGACAUUGCCCAAAGAGUACAGCGUGCUAAUAACAGCGUCCUUGGAAAGCAUCUGCAGAACAGAACCGAGGCUCUUGGAGGCCACAUCCAUAGUAUCUCCAUUAGGGAUAGCUUGGACAAUGUAACGAGGGAGAACCCGGCUAACAACUGGGGCAAAUGUGGGCGUGAUGCGGCAAAUCAGGGCCAAGCAUCGCAACACGGUAGCGGCGAGGGUCUCGUCAUCCAUCUGCGUAGGGUCAUCAAGAGAUUCCUGGAGCCAGGCCAAGAGAACGUCCGAGUCAGCAGCAUCUUCGUUCAACAGAGAGCAGUUGAGGUAAGACACCAUUGCCGCAGACUUGACUGCAUAGGCCAGCUUCUGCUGGGACGCGGAUCCGAGACGCGCAAAGUCAGCACCAGCCUCGAUGUAGUUCAUCUGCUCGCUAGCAAAGUUGGCAUGGAGCUCAAUUGAGUGAGCGUCAGGGACGCGAGCGCCGUUUUGUUCCUCGAGGAAUUUGGUCUCAUCAUCCAUAAGCAGGUCGAGGACAUGGGCCUUGCGCAACUCAGGGCCGUCGGCAACCAUCAGAGAAGUGCUUGCGAGGACAAGCCACAUGAAGCUUCGCUGCAGAAGCAUGGUACCCAAAGGUCUGCCUGCAGCAUUGUAUUGGCGCAGCUGUCGCUUCCACUCCUUAAGCUCGCGAUCUUCGCUGUGUGAGUUUCGAAUGGUCGACAGCGCGGUCUCAAGAGCCACCAUGAAAGGUUCGGACAGA